AUGGCAGGCCACGAUCCCGCUUUCGAGGCCAUGAUGGCAAUCCGCACCAAGAACAACCACCACGCGAUGCUUUACUUCGCCGUCAUUACUUUCAUUCAAGCUCUGUCUACCUUCGUACUCGUUUUCGCACCUCGCUGGAUGAGGGUCCAGAAACAGCGGCUGACCCUGCCCACGUUUUGUGCAGCAACUGUUUGCAAGCAUGUCCCAUGUCUUCCGUCAGUUGGCCACACGCUACACGUGGCUGUGUGCACCAUCGCCAACGUGGUCUUGACGUUCGCGCCAAUUGACUACACGAACAUGACAACGCUUUCCAACAUUGCUUCUCGAACAGGCUGGCUUGCCAUGGCAAACAUGGCUGUCGUUGUACUCUUCUCGAUGAAGAUCAACCCGCUCUACUUGAUGGGCGGCUUCACCUACAAUCGCCUCAGCAUCUUGCAUCAAUUCGCUGGAUACAUGACCAUCGCGCAUGUCAUCGUACACGCGGCUUGCUAUUCUGCUUACUUUGUUUCGGUCCAUCGGCCAGAGCGUCUGCUGUAUGAGGCGGAGGUGUACGGAAUGGUAGCAGGCAUCUGCUUCCUAGGUCUCGACAUCUCAGGGGCAUUUAUACGGCGUUGGUGGUAUGAACUCUUCUAUUGCCUUCACAUUGCAUUCUGGAUCAUCGGCGUCGUCUCUCUUGGGCUUCACCAGCCCGAAAUUGGCAAGGGCAUCAUCUUCAUCACCAUCACAUGCGCCAGCCUCUGGGUUCUCGACCGCCUGACACGCUUCCUCCGGCUGGUCGUCUGCGGUGUCUCGAACGAGGUCACCCUCACACCCUUGACCAACGGCGGCACCCGCGUCACCCUCAAAAAAGCACCACGUGGAGCGCAAGCUGGACAGCACUGCUUCCUGUGGGUCCCCGCCGUCCGAAGGUUCGAGAUGCACCCGUUUACCAUUGCUAACAUGGACUCUGCCGAGUUCGUUAUCGCUUCUUAUAAUGGAUUCACAAAAGAUCUCCAUGAGUAUGCGGUCUCGCACCCUGGAGCUGUUGUUCAGGCCAGUGCAGAGGGACCCUACGGCUGCCCACGCACUCCUGGUAGUAUCGACAAGCUGAUUCUGGUUGCUGGUGGGAGCGGUGGCUCCUUCGCUUUUGGCAUAGGCAAGACACAUGUUUUCGCCCCACGCCCCCGGUCCGUCAAGGAGAUUGAACUCAUCUGGAUCGUUCGUCACUUUUCCCAGCUCAGCUGGUUCGCCAGAGAGAUCGCCGACCUCGCCGGUCAAGAACGUGUCAAGAUUCACUUGUUCGUGACCCGCGGUCCUGGAGUAAGCCUCCGAGGCAUUAACUCCCUCGCCUUGAGCACGAUUGCCUCGAGUCAAGACGGGGCAACUGAGCCCGCCUUUGCCGGCGAGGACAGCAAAUCAGCAGCAAGUUCUGUAGGGUCUGUCGAUUCCGAGAAGGAGGAUCUUCCGACCACAACUGAUGAGCGCGAUGUACCCCAAAUUCACGGAGUGUCGGUCACUUUCGGGCGCCCAGACAUUACGGGUAUGCUUCGUUCAUCUGUCGAGGACCUUGGCAGCGACCAUGCUGUCACGGUCAUGGCAUGCGGGCCAGGAGGUCUGAUACGUGCCGUACGAGAGGCCACUUCGUCGUGCACCAAGCCGGGCGGACCUGCUGUGAGCGUGCACUAUCCCUUGGGCUUUCUGAACGCUGAAGGCCUCGUGUAUACCCCACAUACACCAUGCCUCCUCUCCUGUCUUCGUGCGGGCUCUGCGCAAGUUGCGAGAGCGGGGACACAAUCGUAUCCCGACGACGCUGAUAAGAGUGCGAGGGACGCUGACUCCAUCACCGACCACGACGAUGCGCCUUGCGACUCCACGCUCAACAACUUGGGAUACAGCCCAUACACCCUGCCCGAGUACCUCGAGAUACUGCAGAAGCUGUCGAACACUUCUAACAGUCGCAAGUGCUUCAUUCUGUCAGUCACAGGCACCGCCCCAGACGUGAGACAAUGCUACGAGGCCAUCGUGGAUGCUAAAGAGCGCAUCCGUUUCCCGCUCGCCAUGGAGGUCAACCUGAGCUGUCCCAACAUCCCCAAUUCGCCCCCAGUGGCGUACACCAAAAGCGCUCUGUCUCAGUUUAUCCGUGCGUUGCCAGGAGACCCAGAGAUACCUGUCGGAAUCAAGGUGCCCCCAUACACUCACGCUGGACAGUACGAUGCCUUGAAGGAGGCGUUGCUCGAUUCUGGGGCUGCCUCCCGUUUGAGCUUCAUCACCGCGGUCAAUACACUGGGCUCCUGUCUUAUACUGGAAGAAAAGAACACCUCUGAUAGCGUACGACGCGUCUCCCAGCUCUUCAUCACCAACACUACCACCACCAAAUCCGCUCCCGUCCUGCAAACAUACCCUUGCCGCGACCGCCAGAUUCACACCCUCGCAACAUUGCUUUACCCGUCAGCAGCCCCCUGCCGAACACUCACGAUCCACGGCGUGGAGUCUACCGGCAAGUCCGCCAUCACAGCCUCUUUGCUGGCCUCCCUUGCGAGACCAACGCCGAACCUACGAUAUGCCUUUGUCAGUGCGGCCCAGUGUAUCACCGCGCGUCACCUCUUCGAGUCCAUCGUCACUUCGAUAGCUGAAGCCUUGGAUUGGCCGCAAGAAGAUACUGCGAUCCGAUGCGAAACUUUGGCGCAGCUGGACGUGGAGCUAGUCCGGAUGUUGAAGUACCCCGAACGGGAGGACAACUUUCGCUUCGUCCUUGUGCUCGACGCGAUAGAUCGGGCCAGAGAUGCGCCAUCGUCCAUGCUCCCAGGCCUCGCUCGCCUGUCUGAGAUUAUUCCAUGCCUCACGACGGCUUUCAUCCUCACAACGCCGCUCCCGCUGAGAACGUCCUCCUUCACGCCUAGUGUACAUUUCCCACCGUACACAAAGCCCGACUACCUCCGCAUUCUCGCCUUGACGCCACCGACAGAACCAACACACAAUGCUACCAUGGAGGAAACACUCGCCCUAUGGCCAAGAUUCUGCGCUGCGGUGCACGAUGCGCUCGUACAGUCAGCCGCCCGCUCGCUGCCAAGCUUCAAACGAGCGUGUGAGACCCUUUGGCCGAGGUUUAUCGCCCCUGUCGAGAAGGGCACAUACGAGGCAAAAGAGUUCUCCAAGCUCCUCGUCGCAGCAAGGACACACUUCCAGGACGAGUCGGUGCUGAACCCCAGCAUUAUCUCCGUCGUACCCUCCUCCAAACCCACUUCGACGGACCUGUCCACCUUGCUUCCUCGCACGGCACGGAUACUGUUGCUCUGUGCCUAUCUCGCCUCGCACAAUGCCCCUCGGCAUGACCUGACGCUCUUCUCCACACACCAUCAGGGUGGUCGUCGACGACGUCGGGUAGCCCCGACAAUAGCCUCCAACAAGCACCGCAAGAUCGCGAGGAAGCUUCUCGGCGCCCACGCCUUUGUCCUCGAGCGCAUGAUGGCCAUUUACGCGGCUGUGAAGAGUGAAUGGACGGAGGAUCCCCGAGUGGCAGCUGUGGAUGCCGACGUGGGCAUGGCAAUGGCUACACUCACCAGUCUCAGACUGCUCACGCGUGUCGGCACGGGCGACGUGAUGGACCGCGGUGGCAAGUGGAGGAUUAGCGUGGGCUGGGAGAUCAUCCGAGGGGUGGGAAGAAGUAUAGGCGUCGAGCUCGAUGAGUGGCUGAUAGAAUGA